UUACAAAACCGUCAUGGCGGACGAAAGUAACGAAGACAACAGAAAUAUGAUUUCUUGUUGCAAAUGUUCUUUGGAAUACGUCAGUGUUGCAUGUAACAGGACUCCCUUGUGUGUGGACUGGGGAAGGAAUGGCUGGCUGGCUUAUGGUGCUUGUUAUUCUAUAGCCUUGUAUCGCCCAAAGACAGCUAAAUCUGGUUCAUUCGGGAGAGUGGAACAUAUUUUGAAUGGACAUAAAGACAGGGUGAAUUGUGUGCGGUGGAUACCUAGGCCGGGGUUCGAGGAGGAGGAUGAAUUAGUUUCUGGCUCCACUGAUAAAUCAGUGAUUGUCUGGCAAAAGAAUGCCGAUCAAGAUUACACAUGGAAAGUUUCGUCUGUUCUUGAGGGUCAUCAGGGAGCUGUGAAUGCUGUGGCUGCUGUUAUUCUUCCUGUGUCUGAUAAUUCAAGAGCUACAAGAACUAUUAUAGUUUCUGCUUCUGCAGAUUCAUCAGUGAGGAUAUGGGAGCGUAAACAAACAGAGGGAAACUUCACAUGUCUACAGACUGUAUCAUAUGGGAAUGGUUUCAUUUUAGCCGUGGCAAUUUCUUUGCUUCCUGGAACAUCAGUUCCUGUAAUCGCGUGUGGUGGAGAAGAUUGCAAAGUGCACUUGUUUACAGAGAAAGACAACAAGUUUAUGAAAGUACAAGGUUUAUUGGGCCAUGAGGAUUGGAUCAGAGGCACAAACUUUGCAUUAGAAGAUGGUGGAGAUCUUCUUCUUGUCAGUUGUUCACAGGAUAGCUUCAUCAGGAUCUGGAGAAUUUCACUUUCACUGAAAUAUCCAGAGUCAGAUUCUGACAUCUUGCAAGAUGAAUUUAAAGAACUGAAACUAACUUCCAAUGUUUUUAGUGUAAUUAACGAAGGAUCGUCAAAAGACUUUUCAGUUGUGCUGGAGUCAGUCCUGACUGGACACGAAGGUUGGAUAUACGGGGUUCAUUGGCACCCUGCAAUUAGGAGAGGGGAUGGAUCGUUCACUCAGCCCAUGUCAUUACUAUCAGCCUCUAUGGAUAAAACAUUAAUUGUUUGGGCACCUGACAAAGAAUCUGGUGUUUGGUUGGAGAAGGUUCGUGUUGGAGAAGUUGGAGGAACAACUCUUGGUUUCUAUGGGGCUGUUUUCAGUCCAGAUGGCCAAUCUAUCGUUGGGCAUGGAUAUCUCGGAGCAUUUCAUCUGUGGAACAAUGUUGCCUAUGAGUGCGAGGAAAGGUGGGAGCCUGGUGUAACAGUUGGUGGACACUUUGGUCCUGUGCAGGACAUUGAUUGGGAUCCAAUCGAUGGGCAGUUUCUUGUGAGCGUCAGCAGUGAUCAGACAACAAGAUUACAUGCUCCUUGGAGAGGAGAAGAAUUUCAAAGGCCUGUUUGGUGCGAAAUAGCCCGUCCACAAGUACAUGGAUAUGACAUGCAAUGUCUGAGCAUGCUUAGUAGAUACAAAAUGGCGUCUGGAGCUGACGAAAAGGUGUUAAGGAUAUUCAGCGCUCCCCGCCAAUUUAUGGAGACGUUUCAAAAACUAUGUAAAUUGGAGGAAAAUGAAGAGAUGCAUGAUAGUUUACCCGUCGGAGCUAGUGUUCCGGCUCUUGGACUCUCAAACAAGGCGGUAUUUGAAGGUGACAUGGACAGCCUGAGAAGGGACCUUGAAGACCCAGCGAGGCCCAUGAAGUCGUCAGCGUUUGCCAGUGAGGAGCCGGCUCCAUUUACCCCGAUAUUAUUGAAAGAACCUCCCACCGAAGAUAUCUUACACCAGAACACGCUAUGGCCUGAAGUACAGAAACUAUAUGGUCACGGAUACGAGGUUUUCUGUGUGGCUUCAAGUCCUGACGGGACAUUACUCGCUUCUGCUUGCAAGGCUUCUAAACCAGAACACGCUGCAUUAAUAUUAUGGGAUACCAGCACGUGGAGACAGAUCUGCUCGUUACCCUCUCACGCACUCACUGUAACACAAAUAGCCUUUGAUCACAGUGGCCAGCGGCUUCUAUCUGUGUCACGUGACCGUUGUUGGUCUGUUUUCAAGAGAAAAGCAAACGACGAGAAAGGUCAGCUCUUCAGUCUUGUUGCUCGAAGCGACAAAAAGAAUCAACACGCAAGGAUUAUUUGGUCAUGUGCUUGGAGUGAAGAUGACAAAUACUUUGCCACAGCUUCAAGGGAUAAAAAGGUCAUAUUAUGGGGUAACACGGACAUUGCUAGCGACAACUGGCAAGCGGCUUCCAGUCCUGUAGAUAUCGGUGAAGCUGCCACCGCCGUAGAUAUUGCGCCAUGGGUCAAUAAUGGAAGGUACACUAUUGCUGUUGGUUCUGAAUCAGGCCGUAUAUUUCUAUAUUCCUGGAGUUUGAAUGGAGCCAGCCGUGCAAGUGGCCAGUGGAGUCUUCUUCAUACUUUUGACCAAUCGAUUUGUCACGUGCUGACUGUUCGAAGGUUGCGAUGGAGACGAACUAACGAUUAUAAUAAUAGUACGACUUUACAGCUGGCGAGCUGUAGUUUGGAUCAUAGUGUGAGAAUAUUCAACAUAGCAGUCGCUACGUGACAAGGUGUGUGAUAGUCACGCAAUACCCUAAAAUAAGACUGAAAUGCAAGCCGUCACGCCACACUCUGGCUUUAGAAAACAUUAAGAAAAGGACAUGUAGUGGCUGUUCCUGUGUGGUUUAAAGGUUUCAUACAGAGCUCCACUUCCCGUCUCUCAAUAUUGUUAAACAAUGUUUGAUACCGUCUUCGCAUCAAUGCGCAACAUUCUUCCAACCUCUGUAAACGAAUGAAGCUGUGUGAGAUCUAUCACUUGAUUUCAUAAGUUGGUGGAUAGUGGAACGCCACACUUGAAAGUUCUGCCUUGUAUUUUAGACCGCAAACGUCACUACCAAACAUCAUCAACAAGCGAGAAAACCCUCUCUUGUGGGAGGCAAUGCAAACCCUUCUCCCAAAUGGGCGGAAUAACAUUGAAGUUUUUCUGUCAAAACAUUGAAGUUUGAUAGCCCAACAGAAAAUGUGCUAUCGCAUGGGUGGAAGGGAAGAUGCAAUCGAAGAAAGGAUGAGAAAAAUCAUGGUGUCAAUUUUACGAUGGGUUAUCUAUCGACUAUUGUGGAUCUUACGAAGGACAGUUAUCCCAUAUAACGAGGACUUUAAAUUUUAUCCAAAAAAUACUAAAAGUAAACGAAUGAAUUGAUUAUCGAAAGA